AUGAAUGAGGCUGACAUUACUCAAUUGAAUAGCUUUAGGAAGUCAGGCAUUACAACUCCACAGGCUUAUGGUGUGUUUGCCAACCAGAUGGGUGGAUAUCAAAAUGUUCCAUUUGGACCUAGACAAAUGUACAAUGAAAAAUUUAAAAAGAAGAAGGUGGAAGUAUGUGAUGCUAGAGGUGUGAUCGGUUUCUUAUGUAAUUUGAAGGAAAAGGAUCCUGACUUGAUGUGGAAACACACCUCUAAUGAGGAAGGAAGGUUGAACAAGUUGUUUUGGAGUGAUGGAAUCAGCCGGGACAACUAUUUAUUGUUUGGGGAUGUGUUGGCAUUUGAUGCCACAUACAAGAAAAACAAGUACAAGCGGCCACUUGUGCUUUUCUCUGGAGCUAAUCAUCACAAUCAGACAAUUAUCUUUGCUGUAGCUUUAGUUUCUGAUGAGAAAGAGGAGACAUAUGUUUGGUUGCUUGACAAUUUGUUAGAUGCAAUGCGGGGGAAAACACUGGUAUCAGUAAUCACAUAUGGAGAUCUGGCAAAGAAAAAUGCAAUUAAAAGUGUGUUUCCAAAUGCGCAUCACAGGUUAUGUGCUUGGCAUCUUCUUCGGAAUGCAGUAAGCAAUGUUUCAGAACCCAAGUUUGUUCAAAUGUUUUCAAGAUGCGUGCUUUGGGAUCUUGAAAUUGUGGAGUUUGAGGACAGGUGGGCUCAAAUGGUUAUUGAAUGUGGGUGUGAAGACAAUGUUUGGGUUCAGGAUUUGUAUGAGCGGAGGAAGAUGUGGGCUGCUGCAUAUAUGCGGGGUGAAUUCUUUGCGGGCUUUCGUACAACCUCUCGGGUUGAGGGAUUACAUGCCCAAGUUGGGAAGUUUGUAGACUCAUGGAACAAUUUGACUGAUUUUAUGCACAACUUCUUUCGAUAUAUGAGUUAUCAGCGACAAAGGGAACUUGAAGCAGAUUUUGCAUCAAUGCACGGUGACCAUGUGCCGCAAACACAAUUGAAGAGGCUUGAAAAGUCAGCUUCCAACCAUUACACGAGCAACAUUUUCAGGCUUGUCUCUAAGGGUCUUCACCGGUGUUUGAUGCUAAAGGUUAGUCUUUUCAAGGAGACUUCAACUUGCAUCAUUUACUUUGUGGAAAGGUUUUCUUUGUCUAGUAGGAGAUGGAAUGUGACUCUGUGUAAAACAACCAGUGAGUUCAAGUGCUCUUGUAUGAGGAUGGAAUCAUAUGAUAUUCCAUGCGAUCAUAUUCUUGUUGUUAGUAGAUAUCUAGACCUGCCUGAAAUUCCCUCAUCAUUAAUUAUGGGGAGAUGGACCAAGGAUGCAAAAGAGAGGCUUGAGCUGCGUGGGGAACAAUUGGGUGCAUGGGACCCCAUGGAUCUAUGUAGAUUUACAGUAUUGAGGGAAAACUGUAGGCGAAUGUGUAAAGCAGCAUGUAGAGCACCGGAAACAUUCCGGGACACAAAUGAACUGGUUCUAAAGCAAGCAAGGAAGUUGGAGAAAUUGGAGAAAGGUGAUGGAGUGAAACAAACUGUACAUGUGGUGGCCAAUGAUGCUGAUCAAUACUUGCGUGACCCACUCAAACCCAUCAAAAGGCGCAUUGGUGGUGCCUCUAGAGGUAGUGGACCGGGGAGGCGUACUUCCCACUGUGGUCUUUGCGGAGGGGCAGGACAUAAUCGGAAAACAUGUCUACGGGCUACACAGUGA